GUUGGUUAGCAUGUCCUUUAUUCAAAUGAAAAAAAAUCCUAUGGAUGAUAAGGGCGAGACUAGAACUUCUCUAGGCGGGCUAAAAGGACAACACACCGCUCCACUCCAACUUCAUAAUGAACAUCCCAACAUCACCUCUCAACCCGCCCCUUCCUCCUCCACCACCACCACCACCGGCGGCUGCGCACCAUUCUGGGCUCUCCGACUCGUCCCCUCUCCUCCCUAUCAUCACCAUCCUCGCCUUCGUUAUUGUCGUCGUGCUAAUCUACGCCUUUUUCUUCGCCAUAAGGUGCCCCACAACCAUCUCCAACAGGCUUCGCCGGAGCUCGGGCAGACCCGCCGGGAAUUCUACCUCGACCAGCCUCGGCACGAACACCGAUGCCCUGGAUCAGCUGGUUUCGAGCGUGGCAUAUAAGGAGGCGGCGGAUGCUGGAAAAGACUCCGGCGGCGAGUGUCCGGUGUGUUUAACGGCGUUUGUGGAUGGGGAAGUUAUAAGAGAGGUGAAGGUAUGCAAACACUUGUUUCAUGAUUCUUGUAUUGAGGUGUGGCUCCGUGCUCACUCCAAUUGCCCGGUUUGCCGGGUUUUUGUUGGUACGAAGCGGUGCAAACGGCCGGUGGUGGGCGGGGGCGGUGACGAGGAUUUCCGGCAGGGUUUGCCUGAUUCUGCCGGCUUAGUUUGAUGUUUAAUUAGCAAUAAUUACAGGUUUUGAUUUUGGAAUCAAGCUAGUGAUUGUCAGAGUUCAAGAGAUGCAGUUCUUCUGUAAUUUGGCAAUCAUACUUGUGUUCUUGAUGUCGA